AUGCCUGAUCGUGUGACAGUAAUAUUUAGCACUGUCUUUAAGGACCCUGACGAUGUCAUCAUAGGAAAAGUCUUCAUGCAGGAAUUCACGGAAGUUCGACGUCGAUUCGACCGAGCCCCACAAGUUCUCUACUCUCAUCGAGUUCCCCCCGCCGAACUUCAGGGUACGGAGGCUGCUGUUGGCGAUAAUGUGGCCUAUAUUACUUUCGGUAGUUUAUCUGUACUAUUCUGA